AGUAGGAGGGUGCGAGGGUAACAGACGAAGGAAGAGAGUGACCUUUUGAAGGACAAGAGAAGAAGAGUGACCUUUUGAAGUACAGGAGAAGGAUAAAGAAAAGAAGAAGACGACACCCGAAGAGAAAGACGCAAAAGAAGCAGAGGGGAAAAGACAGCGGGAGGGGGCAUCACGCUGAAAUCAAAUCCAUCUUCAGGUAAUCAUGUUUGGAGCUCACAUCCAUGUGGCAGAAAGGACCCUCCUACUUUGUGCUUUUCUCGUGAGUGUACUCACGCCAUGCUUCUCGGUCUACAGAGGAGGAGAGUGCUACUUCAACACCAAAGGAAUCUGUGAGUACCAAGGACAGGCGUAUGGUAUAGGAGAAAGCUGGGUAACUACAGACUGCUACCAGUGUGUGUGCAUGGAACCGUUUGGAGUUGGCUGCUGUGAACACGCCUCUCAACCUGUGGAUUACCCUGACUGGUGUGAGGUCAUAAAGAAGCCAGACUCCUGCAUCAGUGUAGCGGUCAUGAGGGCCAAUCACAAACUGCCCUGCCUCUAUGGAAAGUGGGGUAGGCUGCGAACCGAGUCCUGGAAGUCAGACAACGACCCUAUGUUCUGAUCUACUGACACCUGACAGCCUGUGAUGCAGCCAAUACAGCCAAGAUUUGUGCAAGAAGUGAAGAGGCGUACAACACAAUUCCACAAUCUGUUGAAAAACAUUUGUACAAACAACUGAAGCUAUUUGUAGAAUAUUUUACUGGUUGUCAUAUUUUUAGUUUAACAUCACUAUGAAAUCCCAUGUGUCUAAACUACUUCUUGGUUAAAUAAAAAAAACUG